CACACAGCGAGUCAGCUAGUAGUUUGAGUUGUAAUGUUUACUCAUUGUCUUUGAGAAUUAGGCUAUAUUUGUCAUCAAAAUGUCACAGCGUGCCCACAAGGAAGGGCUGUGCAAUAUCAAGAUUUUAUGUUUGGUUAUUUUCUGUCUCAUAAAGCCAGUUUUUGCAAAGCCAACUCCUGCAACUGUUUUUGCUUCCUCAUCAUCGCUGGAGCACAUGACUUUGAUCAACCCUGUUCAGAACAACCCCGAUGUCACAACCCCAAAACUGACCCAUUUUGUAAACACAUUGCUUGGACAAUUUGAGAGUUUGCUGGUGAAAGAUGGUACUUCUCCAGGUAAUUUGGACCAGGUGACUCAAGGAUAUCCCGAACCCUACACAAAUGCGAAAGACCCCCAGGGGCUUGUGAAGUCUCUAAUGUCUGUUCUACAGACUUACAAGAAGCAAACAGCAUCACAAGGCAAUGAUCACGUCUUCAAACUGUGGGGAAAAGCUCCAAAAACAAAGAAGAGCACCAAUGAAAUCAAACCCAGAGUCAACAUAUUGACAGACCCCACUUACUUCGAGCCACUUGUGAAAGUUAACAUGAUUUUGGGCCUCUUUUUCUAUGGCUUCAUCGUGAUAGUGUUUAUCUACGACUCUGUCCGAGUUUCCAUGGAGGCCAGAAGAAGAUCUGACGCUCUAGCUGAUGCCAGGCUGAAGAGAAAAGAACCACCCCCUGUUGAACCACAGUCAACUUUAUCCAAAUAUCGGCAGAGCAUCGCUUCAUUGUUUAAUUUGGAAAAUACAUCAUCCAUAGCUGACGGUUUGAAGGCAAAUUAUCCCAAGGAAGAGUCUGAGUCAAACAUACAAUUUGCAGACUGUGCAAAUGAAAAGAGUGCUGUCAGCCUUAGAGAGUGGGAGCCUCUGCCUAAUAUUCAAGAGAACUCUAUGCCUGCCAAUCUGGCGCUGAACCUAUUUGACUCCGAUAUAGAGGAAGUUGUAUCUGCAUAG